AUGGCCUCCAAGUGCCCCAAGUGCGACAAGACCGUGUACUUCGCCGAGAAGGUGAGCUCGCUGGGCAAGGACUGGCACAAGUUCUGCCUGAAGUGCGAGCGCUGCAGCAAGACACUGACGCCGGGCGGCCACGCCGAGCAUGACGGGAAGCCGUACUGCCACAAGCCCUGCUACGCCACGCUGUUCGGACCCAAAGGCGUGAACAUCGGCGGCGCCGGCUCCUACAUCUACGAGAAGCCGGCGGCGGACGGCCCGCAGGUCACCGGCCCGGUCCCCGUGGAGGUGCCCGCUGCCCGCACUGAGGAGCGGAAGGCGAGCGGCCCCCCGAAGGGGCCCAGCAAAGCCUCCAGCGUCACCACCUUCACCGGGGAGCCCAACAUGUGUCCGCGCUGCAACAAGCGGGUCUACUUCGCCGAGAAGGUGACGUCGCUGGGCAAGGACUGGCACCGGCCCUGCCUGCGCUGCGAGCGCUGCGGGAAGACGCUCACGCCCGGCGGCCACGCGGAGCACGACGGCCAGCCCUACUGCCACAAGCCCUGCUACGGCAUCCUCUUCGGGCCCAAGGGAGUGAACACUGGAGCUGUGGGCAGCUACAUCUACGACCGGGACCCCGAGGGCAAAGUUCAGCCCUAG